AAUCAUCAAUUUUUUAUUUUUUAACUUUAUCAAUUAAAACCUAAUUUAACCUUUUAGAAUUAGUUUGAUUAAAUUUUACUAAAAAAAUCUAAACUUAAUCAAACCCAAUUUGUCAGUUGUGGUCUCGAUCUGUCAGGUUCAUUUUUCUCUUCGGUCGUGAAUUUUUCUGCCACCUUUCUAGAAGUGUCCUCUCUUUCUUCCUGGUGAAGUGAUGCCAUGUUCUUGUUGAAGGAAAUAGAAGCAAAUGCAAAACUCAGCAGGCUGACCGUUGACCGCCUCAGCCUCACCUUUGACGGGGAACCCAUCACCCUCUCAGAAACCUAUGGCGCUAAGUGGCACCCUGAAUCCACCUCCAACAUCUCCAUCACCAGAGCCAGUGUCACCAACAACGUCGUGAUUAAAGUUGAAGGGAAUUUCAAGAUCACAGCCAAGGUUGUGCCCAUUACCGAGGAAGACUCCAGGAUUCACAACUACGGCGUAACCAAAGAAGAUUGCUUUGCGCAUCUCGACUUGGAAUUCAAGUUCUACUCAUUGAGCGAUAAAGUGAAGGGCGUUUUGGGACAGACAUACAAACCUGGUUAUAAGAGUGGAGUUAACAUUGGAGCACAAAUGCCUGUAAUGGGAGGAGACAGAAAAUUUGAAACCACAAGCAUUUCCGCCCCCGAUUGCGCGGUUGCUCAGUUCAGUGGCAUCCAUGGCGACAAUUAUUUCAAGAAUUUGGUACUGCCGGGAUUGAACUGCGCGAGCGGAGUUGAUGGGCACGGCGUCAUCUGCCAGAGAUAAUCGACGUCUAUGUUCCUUUUAUCUUGCAAUUGAAUAAUUAUAAAGCUGCAGAGAGCAGUGCGGAAACUGGUGGGGGAAGGAAUUUAAUCUCCUAUCCGCUACCAUACAAAAUAAAAUGUUACACCAACC